GCUCUGACACUUGUGAGCCAAGCCGAACUGAAGGCCUUCCUACUGCCCCUACUAAAUGCCAACAAUGUUGAGGACAAUACCCAGAUACGUGAACCUGGUUUACAGUCUCCUCCAUCCGCUGAAACAACAAGAAGCCCAGGAGAUAGUUUUUCUUUAAUGGCAAUAAAGGAAGUGGUGUCUCCAAGGGCCACAGGAGAUCCUGCAGGAGCAGCAAAAGCACCUUCAAGACUCCCCUGCCGGCGUCACACCUGCUCCCAGGACUGUCUUGUCCCAAGGCCCUGGAACUCCUACAAAGGUGGGAACCCCCUGAACCUGCCCCUGCUGUGUGGCUUCCAGAGGAGGCACGCCAAAGCAGACCUGCCCUCCAAGACGCUGGACGUGGUCUAUAAAGCCCCCUGCGGAAGGAGCCUGAGGAGUUUCGAGGAGGUCCAGGAUUACUUGCUCCAAACGAAGUGCAGCUUUCUGUUUCUGGAUCACUUUUCUUUCAACACUUACGUCCAGGUCUUCAGAAGCUACCCCAGCCGGAAAGGAUCUGUGUUCGAUUACGAUCUCAGCAAAGGAGUGGAGAUGACGCCCGUUUCGUUUUGCAACGAGGUCGACCACGAGCGACUGCCUUACUUUAAGUAUCGCAAGACCUCCUGGCCCCGUGGGCUCUUCCUGAACAAUUUGUCUAGCGCAUUCCUCGCCUCAUGCGAGUGCACGGACGGCUGCAGGGACGC